GACGGGUUCAAAAAUGACAAACAAAGACUAAAGACACGGCCAAAUACUAUACCUGAAAUAGAAUUUAAAGCCUUGCUCAAAUUCUGGAACUCCGAACAAUCAAAGAAAACAAGUGAGACCAACAAAGCAAAUCGUGAAGGUCUAGAAUAUAUGCACACUACGGGGACAAUAAGUUUUGCGAGGAUUCGCAAAAAAAUGGAAAAUGAGUUGGGAAGACCUCCAAGUGAAGCUGAAAUGUUUAUUGAGACCCGUAAAAAGAAGAUAAAUCCACAAGGAGAGAAAACAAUCAAUUUGAUAGGUGCUUUAGAAGAACUCAAAUCUCAAGAUGAAGAUGAUGAUGCAUGGGAUUUAGUCAAGAAAGAUGAACAUCCUGGACGUGUACGUCUUAGGGGGAGGGGUGUCACUAAAACCAUGCUCCAGAAUAAAAAUAAAAAGAUCAUGGAUCCCUCGGAGCAAGUUCCAGAAUCUGUUGUUCAAACUAUAUCACAAAAAGUUGAGCAAGAGUUGACAAAAAAGUUUGAAGAGCAGAAGGCAGAUUUGGUUCAUGGUUUCGCUGAGCUUUUGACUGAAACACUUGGGCAAACAAUUGAUCCGGCGGCUAUUGCAAGACUUAUUGCACGCACAAGAUCACCUGAGCAAGGUGGUAGUGCUCGAAAUCAUGAUCAUCCUCGCUCAUCUGCAAGCAGCCAUCAGCCACGAAAUGAGGAAAACAUCUGAAGAUCCAUGCUUGUCGCUCUUUGGGGGAUUUAUUUGUUGUGAAGAUUUAGAACUUAAUCGUCUCAAUAGAGACAUUUUGACCUUUUGAUUAAGUAGUAGCUCUUUGUUUUAAUCAUGGAGGAUUUGUGAUAUGUGCUUAAUUUGGUAAGUUUGUGUGUAAAACUUGUGAAGAAUUAUCUCAAUCCUAUUGCUAUAAUAUUGUUCUUCGUUGUAAUGAAUUGUUCAUUAUAUUAAGGCUAAAGUUUGGUUA